AUGGGGGUUGUUUGUGGGUCGUGGUGUUUCAGUAGCUGUGGGGGAAUAAUGGGUAUGGGGGGGGGCGGUAUUGGUGUUGCAGUGGUAGGGUUGGGAAAUGGUGAGAUAGCAUUUAUUAUAUCUAGAUACCUAGUGAUAACUUGUAUUAUGCAUUAUACGAGUUUUUUUUUGCUAAUUGUGGGCCGAACUUGGCUAUGGUAG